GCGGAAUUAACAGACCAUCGAAUCAUCCGUUUGAAAAGUUAAAACUCUUCGUUUGUUGUUGUUGAUGACGAUGGUGGAGGAUGUGCGAGCGUUUGCGGCCACGUUUCUGUGGCCGCAGGGGUGCAGUGGCGGCACGCCACAGGAGCAAGUUGCAGUGAUGGAGACGUUCUGCCAGGUGGCCUUCCCUCAUCUAACACGCCCCCAGCGCCAGCGAGUGGCCCACACAAGCGUCCAACAACAACAACAACAGCAGCAGCAGCAACAACAGCAACACAGUGACGCGCAAGGUGAUGGUUGUGGUGGUGUUGGUGGAACAGUGGGAGCAGCACCGGAACAAGGCAGAUCAGCAGCGAUACAAACCACAACAGCACCGCAACAAGGUAGAUCAGCAGCGAAAGCACCGCUUGUGCAGCAAGACAGAGAACUGCUGGAGGAAGACGAACCGCAUGCAAAGCGCGCCAAGACCGCGGCCGCACACACAGACCAAUACACGCACGAUGGCCACAUGCCUGUCCACUACACCAUGGAGCAGAUGCUCGCUGUGCGACAAGCUACCAGAGGCCAGCUCCUCUCCUCUUCAGACCUGAAGCGCAUCCCGCCGUUCUUGUUACCCGGCCAUCCGAAUCCAUCGCCCAAGCCACCGCACUACCACCACCAUGGCAAACGCAACAACACCAAGGGCAAGGGAAAGCGAACAGGCAAAGGACGUCGACAACAGCAGCACCAACAGCACCAACACCGCUCACACAUGCCAUAGCCCUCGUCUCUGCAAGCAAACUGCUGGAGCCUGUCUUCCCCCCCCCCCCUUCCUCCUCUAUUCUCUCCCCUCCUGCUUCUUGUGACGUAUAAUUGAUUGAUGGCUUUUGUGGCAAUUAGGAAGCGUGUACUCAUCAUAAGUAUACAAUACAGCCAAG